AAAAAGCAUGAUGAUUGACGCUCCUUUUGCAAUCCUCUCUCUCUCGCCACAUCCCGAAAAAUCCUGCACGCCUUUGCCAGGCAUCGACAAAGGGUCUUGGGAUGCGUGCAGCGGCGUAGCUGGGGAGUGACAUAUGUCUGCAGCUCACGCUCACACACAUCAGCCCCGACACGCUGACACACCAGCUCGGGCUGAGCAGUCACCAUGAACGGUGGCAAUUCCUCUCGCACAUGAGGCAGUUUGGGCUUGUCAUGGGGCUGAGCGGAAGGAGAGAGUGACAGAGGAAGAGUGAUUCGACUGUUUACAUAACAAGACAUUCACACACACACACACACACACACAUGAACGCACACUGGAAUCGCCAGUACGGGACACACAAUCCCUCGCACACACGGACGCAAAGGGAAUGAUGCCGAGUGACUCACCGCACACUCAGAGGCACUGAAUGACACACACACAAGAAGGAAAAGUUAUUUUCAAGGGUCAGGCGAUGCGUUCACGGGCCGAGCCGCACGAGAGUUCGUAAACCCGCUCGAAACGCCGACCGCCCGACCUCCCCGUCGCCAUGCCUGAGCCGAAGACACGGAGGGGAGCCCCCCGGCGCGCCCCCUCCGCCCUCGGGCCGGUGUCCCCGCUGCGGGCCGUCUGCCUCCUCCACCUGAGCCUCUGCGCGGCCCAGCCGACGGCGCCCGUCGUGUCCACGGCGCAGGGGCGGAUCCGCGGGGUCCCGACAUCGCUGCCGUCGGACCUCCUGGGCCCCGUCAUCCAGUACCUGGGGGUGCCCUACGCCAGGCCCCCGACCGGGGACCGGCGAUUCCAGGCGCCCGAGCCGCCUCUGCCCUGGCCCGGGAUACGGAACGUGACCCAGUUCGCUCCGGUUUGCCCGCAGUCGCUGGACGAGAGGAGCAUGCUGGGAGAUAUGAUGCCGUCCUGGCUCACGGCCAACCUGGACAUCGCGGCCACCUACCUGACCCACCAGAGCGAGGACUGUCUUUACCUCAACAUCUACGUGCCCACCGAGGAAGACAUCCACGAGGAGGGCGGCCAGAGGCCCGUGAUGGUCUACGUCCACGGCGGCUCCUACACGGAAGGCACCGGCAACAUGAUGGACGGCAGCGUGCUGGCGAGCUACGGCAACGUCAUCGUCAUCACGCUCAACUACCGGCUGGGCGUGCUCGGAUUUCUGAGUACCGGGGACCAGGCCGCCAAAGGGAACUACGGCUUGCUGGACCAGAUCCAAGCUCUGCGCUGGGUCAAGGAAAACGUCGCGGCGUUUGGAGGGGAUCCAAACAGGGUGACCGUGUUCGGGUCUGGGGCCGGGGCUUCCUGCGUCAGUCUACUGACUUUGUCUCACUACUCCGAGGAUUUGUUCCACAGGGCCAUCAUCCAGAGCGGCAGCGCUUUAGCCAGCUGGGCCGUCAACUACCAGCCCAGCAAGUACGCCCGACAGCUGGGGGAGCGAGUGGGCUGCGGUAUCGACGACAGCGCCCAGCUGGUGGCCUGCCUCCAGGGCCGGAGCUACCGAGAGCUGGUGGAGCAGCACGUCACGCCGGCCAAGUACCACACGGCUUUCGCCCCGGUGAUCGACGGGGACGUGAUCCCGGAUGAUCCGCAGAUCCUGAUGGAGCAGGGGGAGUUCCUCAACUAUGACGUGAUGCUGGGGGUGAAUCAGGGCGAGGGGGUGAAGUUCGUGGAGGGCAUCGUUGACUCAGAGGACGGCGUCACGGCCGAGGACUUUGACUUUGCCGUGUCGGACUUUGUGGACAGUCUUUAUGGAUACCCCGAAGGCCGCGACACGCUCAGAGAGAGCAUAAGGUUCAUGUACACGGACUGGGCCGACCGCGACAACGCGGAGAUCCGACGGAAGACCCUGGUGGCGUUGUUCACAGACCACCAGUGGGUGGCUCCGGCCAUCGCCACCGCGGACCUCCACGCUCAGUACGGCUCGCCCACCUACUUCUACUCCUUCUACCACCACUGCCAGAGCGAGGCCACGCCCCCUUGGGCCGACUCCGCGCACGGCGAUGAGGUGCCGUACGUGUUCGGCGUGCCCAUGGUGGGCCCCACCGAUCUGUUCAACUGCAACUUCUCCAAGAACGACGUGAUGCUCAGCGCCGUGGUGAUGACCUACUGGACCAACUUUGCCAAGACCGGGGACCCCAACCAGCCCGUCCCCCAAGACACCAAGUUCAUCCAUACGAAACCGAACCGCUUUGAGGAGGUCGCUUGGUCCAAGUACACCCCCAAAGAGCAGCUCUACCUGCACAUCGGCCUGAAGCCCCGCGUCAGAGACCACUAUCGGGCCACCAAGAUCUCCUUCUGGCUCCAACUGGUUCCUCACCUGCAUCACGUCAACGAACUCCUGCAGUCGGUGUCCUCCUUCACGCACAGCCCUUCCCCGCAGGACGACACCCCCUAUUCUUACACCAAACGGCUCUCCAAGGGUUGGCCUCCGAGUAGCACCCGCCAUCCGGGGUCUCAAGGAGGUACGCAGCAGCCUCCGGAGUCCGCGCUGGGACAGGGCGGCGGUGAAAACGGAGUCCACGUCCCCAACGAGGACUAUUCCACGGAACUUUCGGUGACCAUAGCGGUGGGAGCGUCUCUGUUGUUUCUUAACAUCUUGGCGUUCGCCGCUCUACUCUACAAGAAAGACAAGAGGCGGCUGGAGCAUCGGCGGCCACGUCCGCUACCUCCCCCGCGGCGAGAUAUCACGGCCGCGGAUGUUGCCGCUCACCUUCAGGGUGAAGGACUGAUGUCACUACAGGUGAAGCAGCUGGAGUCCGACGCGACGUCAGCGGACGAGAGGAACAACACGCACCACCAUCACACUCUGGACACGCUGGACGCCCUGGACGGCUUGGACACGCAGGACAUUUACAGCACGCUGGACACGGUGCGCCUCACCUGCCCGCCCGACUACACCCUCACCCUGCGCCGCUCGCCCGACGACGUCCCGCUCAUGACCUCGCUCACCCCGGGCUCGCUGCCCGUGACGCCGGGCUCGCACACCGUGACCCCCGCCACGCCCAUGACCCCCAUGACGCCCGGGUCCGUGGUGGGCAUGAGGCUGGGCCAUCCCCACCAGGGCUACACGCACCACAGCCCCUACAGUAACACACACUUGCCGCACACGCACAUCUCCACGCACACGCACUCCACCACGCGUGUAUAACCGUGGCAAGAAUCUUGCCCCCCCCCCAGCGGGACAUGAUUACAACACACACGCUUAUACACAGACACGCACCAAACAAGGAUAGGACACAAAUACCUCGACUAAUUACCCUGCAGGAUUGUUCCAAAUGGAGAAACAACAGCUGUGCGGGAGCUAACGAAGAAGUGGGGGGGGGGUCGGCGCACCUCACGACGGCUUUGAAUAUCACACCGUGCGUUGGUUCCAGGCAGCGCUCGAGCAACAGCAGGACGCGGACGGACCGGCUCGUACCUCGGGCGUCCUCAAGACCGGACGACGAGCUUUAGCGGUCGGCGGCGGACCGAGCUGCGAUCGGCGCCACUUUGGAUAAGACGGCGUCUGCUCUGACGCGGUUGGGGACCGACCCGUAUCCGGCGGGGCCCAGGCUCGGAUAUCAACUUUUUUGUUCAAGGCGGCCCUCGAGCGGCGGCGAUUAGCUGCGGGUCAACGGGCACCUCUGACCGGACUUAAUGGAGUGCCAAGACGCGGAACUGACCGCGCCGAGAAAGCCGGAGACGGAACGAGACUGUGAACAACCUGUGAAAUGUGAAUGUAGCAUUCUUUUUUUUUUUUUUUUUCGGUUUUCAAACGACAACAACAACAACAAAAAAAAAGGAGAUCAAGUCGAGCUAAGGACAACGAGCGAGCGGGAUUACAUAUUUAAAAGAAAAUAACCUUAGCUGAAGGGAAAGCAAACGAUUCUGACUUGACGGCGAGGAAUAUAUCGUACCAGCCCUCCGAGAUGUUUUCCGACGGAGCGUCGAUCUAACCAGCUGUGUGUUCGAUUCCUGUAAAUAGAAUGGAAUAGCAUUUACUUGAUCUUGCAUUGACUUAUUUAACCACGUUAUUGCUUUCAUUUCCGAUAUUACUCGAUUAUUGUAUAGAUGUCCUGAAGCAAAGAUGGCUGUAACUGUAUGUCUCUCUCUCUCUCUCUCGCUCUCACUCUCUCUCUCUUUCUUUCUUUCUUUCUUUCUCUCUCUCUCCGUCACCGACUUCAGUAUUUAAAAGGCUUUCUUUGCUAUACGUCAUCAUUUCACACCGGUCGAUGUUUAGUCGUCAAAAUUCUACGGCAUAUUUUUCGUCUAAUUGUUUGACCGGCGCGUGACGAGAUGGGAUUGUGUUCGAGAACGCGACGUCAAGGCGGUGAUUGCGCCCCCAGCCCGACCGCCUUUAACCUUGCCCCUCCUUUUUCACUAAAUCUACUCCUAAAAAUCUCCGAAAAGUUAUUUAUUAUUGAAUUUGUUUUGGUUAUUUUUCAAGGCUGGUUAUUAUGAUUCUGAGGUGUUGUGGGAGGUGGAAAAAAAUCCUGGAAAUUUUAAGAUUUUAUCUCCAUUGGUCACAUCAUAUAAAAUACCAAAAAAGGAUCCCUAAAAUAAGAAUAAUUGCAAAAUCAAAUGAUAAAAAAUAAGUUUUAUAUGAAAAAGUUUUUUUUCCUUUUUUUUUUUUAAAUAACUUCUAUACCUUGCUUGGUUUAACCAGCAUAAAUAUCAUAUUUUUUGCAUUAAAUUUAACAUAAUAACUGUAUUCUGAUGUUUUUAGGCGGCACGGUAACUCAGCUGGAAAGUGUUGGCCUCACAGUUCUGAGGUCCCGGGUUCGAUUCCGGCCCCGCCUGUGUGGAGUUUACAUGUUCUCCCCGUGCCUGCGUGGGUUUUCUUCGGGCACUCCGGUUUCCUCCCACAUCCCAAAAACAUCCGACAUUAAUUGGAGACUCUAAAUUGCCCCUAGGUGUGAUUGUGAGUGCGGCGUUUUGUCUCGAUGUGCCCUGCGAUUGGUUGGCAACCAGUUCAGGGUGGACCCCGCCUCCUCCCCGUUGACAGCUGGGAUUAGCUCCAGCACUCCCCGCGACCCUUGUGAGGAUAAGCGGCUAAGAAAAUGGAUGGAUGGCUGAUUUUUUAAAAAAAAAGGAAAUUGAUGAACAGCCAUCAACCCAUUUAAUGAAUGAGUCACUCUGUGUAACCCCCCCUAAAAAACGAUUAUCGAUAAUUGUUAUGUGACCUGAUAGGGCAAGGAACCAUAAUCAUAAUGAUUUCUCCCGGCGCCAUCAGCAGAUAAAGCUGAACAAGGAAAUGUAUAUUAUACCGCUAUAUCAUUAUUUUUAUGACGCUAAUGAAAAUGAGUUUUGCGAUGUCCUGCAAUAAUUUCCUGGGAUCAAAGCAUUGAAUUUCCAAAUCGUUAAAAAAAAGUGCUUGAGAAAGGGUUAAAUUAAUUACCGUAAUUCCCGGCCUACACAGUGCACCUGGUCAUCGGCCUCACCCGGUACAUUUGUAAAGGAAAUACUAUUUGGUACAUACUGUACAUACGCCGCAGCUGUGUAAAAGCCGCAAGUGCCCACAUUGAAACCCACAAAGAAAGAUGGUACACAGAAAGAGUUUAACGCUAGUGCGGUGCUAACACUAGCCCUAAUGCUAGCAACGCGCUAGCGACGUGCUAAAGCUAGUGCUAAUGCUAGCGCCACACUAGCACUAAUGCUAACAGGGCCGGUUAAAUUAAAAUUUACCGGUAAAUAUCACUGAGACACGCCAGUAACACAGCGGCAACACGCUAGCACAGUGUUAACGCUAGCACAGCACUAACACGGCCGAUAAAAGUCACUUCCUCGGCACAUAUAUUCCAGUUUCACUCUUACCUUUUCCGCUCGAGUGCCCCCUUGCGGGCAUUAGAAAAAAUUUGAAAGCUUGUGAAAAAAGUCGCAGCUUGUAGGCCGGAAAUUACGGAUCAGUUUUAUUCUUAAAAAAAAAAAAAAAAAGAAGAAGAAGAAAAAUUCAACACUCAUUCAACCGUUUGUUCUUCAAAACUCAAGUUGCAUCUCUACCGCUUAAAAGGUCCUCAGAAGGGACGUUUCUGGCAUUUUAUUAGUCAGGCUCCAGCUUCUUGCGUAAAAUCAUCCCGUGCUCUAAUUUGGAAAGAUUUUGGAGGUUAUCCAGCUGACUUGACACGGACCGCCGAAGGGCUCUUUUGUCACUUUCUGUCACCGCGUUAACGUUUCAAAGCAUUUGGAGAAGAAACGCCAGUCCGUUCGCAUUAACUGGUCACGCCGCAGAAGUGUCGCUGCUCUCGCGGCGGCCGCUAAAAUUGACAAAGGGCCAACCUCGUUGCUUUUGUAAAUCUCUUCGCGUUUCUUGUACUUUCUCCCGCAAAAGCCUCAACUUCCGCGUUGUGUUUUCCACACCCCCCGACCCGAACCUCCAUCUUCCCAACCGUGCCACGUUGCCAUCGUAUUUAAUCCUAAAUCCAUCGUUAACUGUCAGUUCCAAAAAAAAAAAAGAAGAAGAAGAGGAAGAAGAAGUGCUUUUGCAUUAAAAGACAAAAGAGAAAUCCCAUCAGAACGUCACCGAAACGGGUUACGGAGAAAUAUUCUUUUUCAUAUGGACUACGGGGAUGGCUAGAUUGUGUCCAAGCAUAAAACAUUUCUGCUGCAUUUUUGAAAAAUAAAAAUAAUCAAUAUUUUACAAUUUAUCAGCAAUUUUGCUCUCUCGUGUGUCUUAAUUCAGAAUAUAUUUGU